GGGUCUGGACACUCUGCGCAUGCGCGGAGGGGGGACACUGGACGCAACCGUUAGAAAAACCGAUUAGGAAACUGCGCUCCGAUCAUCCCCGCGCGCCGCCGCCAUUUUGGCUCAAACUCCCGUAGAAAACCAACGGCGGGGCUCCGUCGCUCCGGGAGCCAUUUUGGGGCUCAGUUUCCCGGAGCGUUGAGGGAGGAGCCGUGGGUUUCUGGAAGUCGGGGGGAGCCAGUCAAAGCCAGCCAGCCCAGCACCACCAGCAGCAGCAGCAUCUAUCUAUCCAUCCGAGGCGCUGGGGCUAAAGAAACCCGAUAUUAGUGUAUGAAAAGGCGGCUGAGGAGACCAAGGAGGAGCGGGCGCCGACAAGAUGCGGCUUCGUCCGGACUCGGGAAGCUAAAGCCCUAACGUGGUGUCAUUUAGCUUGGAUUAUUAGUGCUAUCGGCUGGGGAGCAAUUUCGAAACAAGACACCUGGUUAUUGCAUCGACUCCUGCUUGCGUUUUUUUUCCAAACCCCGACCCGAGCUAGCCAUUUUCACCAGGAGCAUCUCGGAACUCGGAUGCUGCCCGCUGGCUCCUUUACUACCUCCGCUGCUCGCCGCCGCCGCCGCCGCUACUUGUGGAAGAUGCACCGCAAAAACGAAGCGCUAGGUUAGCCCCAACAGCCGAAAACAUGCGAUGAAAGCCGUUUCGUGUGAUCUGUCGAGGAAAUUCUCCACGCCCUCGGGUCUGGAUGGUGCUUAUCUAGCUCGGAGGCCAGCCGUAGGAGCGCUGGGGACGGGAAGGUGGGGCGGCUGACAGCUAAUGAUGCUAACAGGCUAACUAUAUUGGAUGUCCAUUGCUUUUCCUCCUCUAUUUUCUCAGCACUGACAACAAAACUAUCAGAUUUCAACCAGUCUGCAAGAUUAACAUUCAGAUAUCCAAGGGGAAUUCUGCAAAAAAGGACUUAAAUUUUGCACCAUGGCAGACGACGACGUACUGUUUGAGGAUGUCUACGAGCUAUGCGAGGUCAUUGGGAAGGGUCCGUUCAGUGUGGUGCGCCGCUGCAUCAACAGAGACACGGGGCAGCAGUUUGCGGUGAAGAUCGUCGAUGUGGCCAGUUUUACCUCCAGCCCCGGACUCAGCACAGAAGAUCUGAAGAGAGAAGCGAGUAUCUGCCACAUGCUGAAACACCCUCACAUCGUGGAGCUGCUGGAGACGUACAGCUCAGAUGGGAUGCUCUACAUGGUCUUUGAAUUUAUGGACGGGGCAGACUUGUGUUUUGAGAUCGUGAAGAGGGCAGACGCGGGGUUCGUGUACAGUGAAGCAGUGGCCAGUCAUUACAUGAGACAGAUCUUAGAGGCUCUACGGUACUGCCACGACAACAACGUGAUCCACCGGGACGUCAAGCCUCACUGUGUGCUGCUGGCCUCCAAAGAGAACUCUGCUCCCGUGAAGCUCGGAGGGUUUGGGGUGGCCAUCCAGCUUGGGGAGUCCGGACUCGUGGCUGGAGGUCGUGUGGGUACUCCUCACUUCAUGGCCCCUGAGGUGGUGAAGAGAGAGCCCUACGGUAAACCUGUGGACGUGUGGGGCUGUGGCGUGAUCCUGUUCAUUCUUCUGUCCGGAUGUCUGCCCUUCUACGGCACCAAGGAGCGUCUGUUUGAGGCCAUCAUCAAGGGGAAAUAUAAGAUGAAUCCUCGUCAGUGGGCACACAUCUCGGAGAGCGCCAAAGACCUGGUCAGACGGAUGCUCAUGCUGGAUCCGGCCGAGAGGAUCACCGUGUAUGAAGCGCUCAACCACCCCUGGCUCAAGGAGAGGGACAGGUACGCCUACAAGAUCCACCUGCCCGAGACCGUGGAGCAGCUGAGGAAAUUCAACGCCAGGAGGAAGCUAAAGGGCGCCGUUUUGGCUGCAGUGUCAAGCCACAAGUUUAACUCUUAUUACGGCGACCCUCCCGAAGAACUGCACGACUUCACCGACGAUCCGACGUCAUCAGGACUUUUAGCUGCAGAAAGGGCAGUGUCUCAGGUGCUGGACAGUCUGGAGGAGAUCCACGCUCUGACCGACUGCAGCGAGAAGGACAUGGACUUUCUACACAGCGUCUUCCAGGACCAACAUCUGCACACACUACUAGACCUUUACGACAAAAUCAACACUCGGUCGUCGCCUCAGAUCAGAAAUCCUCCCAGUGACGGAGUUCAGAGGGCCAAAGAGGUGUUGGAAACUAUCUCGUGUUACCCUGAAAACAUGGAGGCCAAGGAGCUACGGCGAAUCCUCACCCAGCCUCACUUCAUGGCCCUGUUACAGACUCACGACGUAGUGGCCCAUGAGGUGUACAGUGACGAGGCUCUGCGCGUCACCCCUCCCCCCUCCUCCCCCUUUCUGAACGGAGACUCGCCCGACUCCACCUCCGCCGACAUGGACCUGGAGAACGUCACCAGGGUCAGACUGGUGCAGUUCCAGAAGAACACAGACGAACCUAUGGGCAUAACUCUAAAAAUGAACGAGCUGAACCACUGUAUCGUGGCCCGUAUCAUGCACGGAGGGAUGAUCCACAGACAGGGGACACUUCACGUAGGAGACGAGAUCAGAGAGAUCAAUGGAAUCAGCGUGGCCAAUCAGACGGUAGAACAGCUGCAGAAGAUGCUCAGGGAGAUGAGAGGAAGCAUCACCUUUAAGAUCGUCCCUAGUUACCGAUCGCAGUCCAUGUCCAUCGAGAAAGAGUCUCCGGAUGUUUCUCGUCAGUCUCCUGCGAACGGCCACGCCAGCGUCACCAGCUCUAUUCUGGAUCUGCCCUCGACUAUCCAACCGAAAGGGCGUCAGAUCACCAGAACGCCAGUCACAGAGCAAAAAAUGACUGUUAAGAUCUACGUGCGCGCCCAGUUUGAGUACGACCCCUCUAAAGACGACCUGAUCCCCUGUAAAGAGGCCGGAGUGAGGUUCAGAGUCGGCGAUAUCAUUCAAAUCAUUUCCAAAGACGAUCACAACUGGUGGCAAGGAAAACUGGAAAACACUAAAAACGGGACCGCCGGGCUCAUACCGUCACCGGAACUACAAGAAUGGCGUGUGGCUUGUAUCGCCAUGGAGAAAACCAAACAGGAGCAACAGGCCAGCUGCACCUGGUUUGGCAAAAAGAAGAAACAGUAUAAGGACAAGUAUCUGGCCAAGCACAACGCAGUGUUUGACCAACUAGACCUGGUCACGUACGAGGAGGUCGUCCGAGUGCCGUCAUUUAAAAGGAAAACUCUCGUACUACUUGGAGCUCAUGGAGUGGGCAGGAGGCACAUCAAGAACACACUGAUCGCCAAACACCCCGACCGCUUCGCCUACCCCAUCCCCCACACCACCCGACCUCCGAAAAAGGACGAGGAGAACGGGAAAAACUACUUCUUCGUGUCACAUGAUCAGAUGAUGCAGGACAUCAGCAACAACGACUACCUGGAGUACGGCAGCCACGAGGACGCCAUGUACGGGACCAGACUGGAGACGAUACGCCAGAUCCACGGGCAGGGCAUGGUCGCUAUACUCGACGUAGAGCCACAGGCUCUAAAGAUCUUGAGGACAGCAGAGUUCGCUCCUUUUGUCGUUUUCAUCGCCGCUCCGACCAUCACCCCGGGAAUGACCGAGGACGAUUCUCUGCAGCGACUCCAGAAAGAAUCCGAGCUGCUCCAGAAAACCUACGCCCACUACUUCGACCAAACCAUCAUCAACAACGAAAUCGACGAGACCAUCCGCCUGCUGGAAGAGGCCGUCGACCUGGUCUCCACCACCCCGCAGUGGGUCCCCGUCUCCUGGGUGUACUGACCUCCGACUCCCCCCCUCUCCCCCUCGGUCCCGGAGGUCCGACCAGACGACAGCCCACGACUCGAACGGAAAACGCCGCAAAAACCCGCUCAAAACGAUGAACUCUUCCCACGACGAGAGACCACUUCUAGAUCCUUGUACAUAUUAUAAAAAUUAUACAUAACAAUAUAUAAUUAUAAGUAUGGUUGUGCGUAUAGCCGUAAAAGCAGGGAGAGAAGCAGUCGUAGACACAUUUUUGUAAGUAUUUUUUAAUUUGAGCGUGAAGUUCGAAGGAUUGUAACAGCAAAAAGGCAAUAUAAGCAUGUGUACAACUGUCCCCUCGUAUUUUUAUUUUAUUUUUUUCUUCCGGCGACGAAUCCGAGAGAAGUUUAAGAGAAGCACAUAACGCGGAGGUGCAGCGGCGGUGUUGGCAAAAUGCAAAAAAAAAAAAAAAAAACGAAAAUAAAACCAAGAAAAGCACAUUUUUAGACAUUUUUGCGUUGGUUCUGUGGUACCCUGUUUUCGUUUUUUCGCUUUGUUUACAAGAUGGUUUGCACAAAACGGACACGUGUACAGCAUCUGCCGGCUCGUCAAUGCCUUUUCGGAAUCGCUGAACGGCUCCCGACGGAAAACUCUGAAGGAAUUUAAAAUAAAGACUCAAAGGCAGUGCGGACAACGGAGUAAAUAAUAAUAAUAAUAAUAAUAAUAAAAAGGUUUACCAAUCGCAAUCAGCCGCAAGUAGAAGCUGGAAAUGGAGCUAGAAUCAUAAAUACACUACUUUUUUUUUUUUUUACGUGGUUUUAAACGGUACUUUUGUGUUUAAAUGUUCGUGUUUCAGCGAGUCAUCUACCUCUGCUCUGCCCGUGCCGACUUUGCAAAUGUGUUUUAUGUCAGAUGCCCUCCCACAAGUGACGCGAUCAUGGGGAGUGAGAACUUAAGAUUGGAUAUUAAUGUUUGCUUUUUUGCUUUUUAAUCAGUUUUUAAAUAAGUUUUGAUCAGUUGAAUCAUUAAGUCCUGGUUUAGACCUGGUCUAGACCUGGUCUCGACCUGGUGUAGACCUGGUUUAGUUUUUGUCUAGUCCUCAUGACACUUUGAAAGCCAAAUAGUAGCUGCUUUUAUCACUAAAAUACAAUGAAUUCCACUUUAGGGACUAGUCCUGGUUUAGGCCCAAUUUAGGUUCAAGUCUAGUCUGGUUUUAGACCCAGUUUAGCCCUGGUUUAGUCCUGGUUUAGACCUGGUUUAGUCCUGGUUUAGCCCUGGUUUAGACCUGGUUUAGACCUGGUUUAGACCUGGUUUAAUCUUGGUUUAGACCUGGUUUAGAUCUGGUUCAGACCUGGUUUAAUCUUGGUUUAGACCUGGUUUAGACCUGGUAUAGACCUGGUUUAGACCCGGUUUAGACCCGGUUUAGACCUGGUAUAGACCUGGUUUAGACCCGGUUUAGACCUGGUAUAGACCUUUAGACCCAGUUUAGACCUGGUUUAGACCUGGUUUAGACCUGGUUUAGUCUUGGUUUAGUCUUGGUUUAGUCUUGGUCUAGUCCUGAUGACACUUUGAAAGCCAAAUAGUUGCUACUUUUAUCACUAAAAUACAAUGAAAAUACAAACAGACGUUAGGGACUAGUCCUGGUUUAGGCCCCAGUCUAGUCUGGUUUUAGACCUGGUUCAGUCUUUGUCUAGUUCUGAUGGUACAGAAGAUAAAUAUCUCACAGUAAUAUAUUAUAAUACACUCUCAGUACUUAUUCAAUGGUACAUGUUUCUGGCACUAGACCUGGUUUAGUCCUGGUCUAGUUCUGGUGGUACUCUUGGUGCUUAUCACUUUUAUCAUCCAUGUUUUGGGGAUUAUUCCUGGUUUAGUCCAGUCCCAGUUUAGUCUGGUUUGGGCUGAUUUAGACCUGGUUCUUACGGUACGUUAAAAUCAAAAUAUAUUACGAUACAAACACAUUUUAGGUUGAGUCCUGGAUCAGUCUCGAUUAAGUCUGGUUUUAGACCCGGUUUAGACCUGGUUUAGAUCUUAGUUUGGCCUCUGUGGUGCUGUGAAACCUGAAUAUCUCACAUGUCGACAACUUUUGGGGGACUAGCCUUGGUUUAGACCCAAGUAAGUCUGGUUUAGUCCUGGUUUAGUCCUGUAUUUGUCUGGAUUUAGUCUCGGUACAAUCAAUGCAUUUUUGUUACAGCUUAUACCAAUAAAAUGUAAUAAAUGACACUUUUGGGACUUGGUUUAGACGAGUCAAGUCCUGAUUUAGACCUGGUUUAGUCUUGUUUUAGUUUUUAUUGUUCUCUGAAAGUGAAAUCAACUCAUUUUCGUAACUUUUUCGCUCACAAACUCUACAUUUUUGCGUCUGAACUCCGUGUGAGGCGCCGUUUGCGAUUGGUAAACCGUGUAGUGUUUUUGAAUAGGAGGGCUGGACACGCUAAACCGUAGAGCCACUGUUUUCCUGUUGUUUGUACAAAGUGAGUAUUGUUUCGGACGGAGGGCGACGAUCUCUCCUGUGUAUGUUUAUCUGGUGUCUUAAAAGUUCAGAGCCAAUGUAAAAUACGAAACUUAAAAAGAGCUCAGUGUGUGAAACCCGCUUCGGUCGCUGCAAAAAAUCCACAAACAACGGCUUGAGUUGAACCGUUUUGACGAGAGUUUUGACUUGGACAUCCGCGUUUCGGUCGUUCUGAAUUCGUCCGGAAUGUUUCUCAGCGCGGCAUUAGACGUUCUUAUCGUCACGGAGACCAAACCGGGUCAAAUUAAACGUCAGAUCGGCGAAGAAAUGUGUUUUUCGAGGCGUUUUUCAGCUAUAAAACCACCUGCAAUUGAAUAAACGCGAAGUAGACGUGUUUAAAGUCACACUGCGGAACAUUCCAGGCAAAGCGACGGCGUAUCCAUGGAAACCCCCAACCCGAAAAGUUACACAGUGAGCCUUUAAAGCUGUAUUAACGCAAAUCUCUUCUCCAAAAUGGACUUUUCGCCGUGUUUCCUCAAGUUGUAUUUGGAGAGAUUUGUGUUUUAUUUUCAAGACGCCGUUUUGCCGAUCGACCCUCGUUUUCGCCUCGACGGAACGACGUACGCGCUUCGUUCUCGAGUUUUAUUUUCGUGAUCCGUGAUACGCGGAAAAUUCAGCAGCGUCGCGUCGUCGUUUGGUCCAAAUUCCGUCAGAUUCCAUUUUAUUCGGUUAAUCUGUAGUAAAAUCAGUGGACUUUUUUGGUUUAUUAAGUCGUUCUAGAUGAAUAUUGUGAUUUAAAAUGUCCAAAUUUUAACAGAAUGAUCCACUGGUGUCAGAUUAUAACUAAAAAGCACAAUAUGUCUGCUUUUAAAACGACAGACUUUGUGAUUUUUUGAGUCCGUGUACCGUUCGCUCUUUUGAAUUUCAACGAAAAACGAAAAAACUGUUUAUUUCAUUUUUACGUUUUAGUGUCAAACAAAAAAACAGAUUAACACUUCUAUUUUCAAUAUUUAAUUUAAAGUUUAUUUCACCAAAUAUUUCAAAACCAGUCUCGGUGUCUAUUUCAAUUUGGAUAUUUUAUUCUCUCUGGUUUAUUUGCCCCCGUUAGAAGGACUUAACCUGAAACAAUCGUUGCAGUUUCGUGAACAAACACAGUAGUGAAGCGUCACGUUUUAGAAAGUUCGGAGAGAACUAGAAUGAAAAUAUGUUUUAGUACAGAUCCAGGGUCGACUCUGCAGCAGAACGUCCGGGGCAAAUAAACCAGAGAGAAUAAAAUAUCCACAUUUUUAUCAAACCUUUAAAUUAAACAUUAGAAAUAGAGGUUGAAAUCUGUUUUUUUUUUGUUUUUUUGUGUGACACUAAAACGGAAAAAUUAAAUAACAAACCCAUUUUAUUGUUUUUCGUUCUUGAAAUUCAAACAAACAAACGGUACACGGACUUAAUAGUUGCGUACGUAGAUAUUAUAGAAAACGUGCAUUCGGUUUGGUCCCUGGUUCAAUUUCUAAAAAAAAAAUUUGAUGUUUCUGUGUGAGUUUACGUCUGGUUUCCCUUAUUGACCCAAAACACGCACGGUCAAGAGUCUAAUCGUCCGACUAAAGUACAAGUUUAACCCGGAGACACUGAAGGACGGGUCAAAUGCCGUCAAUAAUUAAAAAAUACGUAAAAAAUAAAAGUCAAAACUCGUCAAAUCCCGAUUCUCAAGUCUGUUAAACAUGUUUUUGCAGUGGAUCGGUCCCAUGUCACUGCUGCCCUUAAGAGUUUGUUGGUAUAAAACAUUAAACGUGAAUAUUCGAGCUGGAUUUUGCGACAUCGGCGGCGGCAAUGGCGACGACGACGUGGGAUCGAUCCGAACCGAAGCGAAAAAUUUUAAGUCCUGUGUAAAUGAAAUCUGCAAAUGACAACUUCAAAAUGAGACGUUGUUCUUUUGUUAUGUUGAUUUUUAAAAACAUAUAUUUGAUUUUAAGUGUUCAAA